AUGAAUAGCCAUAUAAGUGAAGAAUACUUUCCAUAAAGUACAGGAAACAAUAGAAUGUAAAUAAAAAAACUAUAAAAUUAAGAAGUGACUUCAAAUUAGCCUUAAAGAAAUAAUUUUAUGAAGAGCGUUUUAAAAUAAAAUGCAUAAAAUAGCUUGUAAUCUUAGAAUUCUAUUAAUUAAAACUUUAGAAACUAGUCUUCACCAUCUCCUUAAUGCAAUUAGUAAAAAGUAAUAACGGGAAGGCGAUUAGAUAACUAAUCUAUCAGCAUUAAUACAAACUCUUCCUCUACAAAGAUGUUGCAAAUAUAAAGGCUUCCUUUAAUGAAUGAAAGUUCAAGAAAAAGAAUGAAUUCAGAUACCGAAUCUAGUAUGUUUACAAACAGGAAUUUGCAUUUACCAGUAGAAUAAAAUCAAGCAGAUAUAUAAGUAGGAGAUAGUAUUUCUAUGAUUAAAUGUGAGUCAGCAAGAGUCUCUUAAAAAAGCUUAGUGAAAUAUGGAUAGAAUUUUUUUAGUUCAGUUAAGAAGAUACCAGAAAAUUAAACUGAAUAUUAAUUAUAGCAUGCAAAUGAAGGGACAAAGAAUGGAAUUAUUUUAUCAGAAUAUGAAUUGCAGCAGAACAAAUUAAUAAAUAUUGGAGAAGAAUAAGACAAAGUAGAAAACCAUAUGAGCUCUAAUUAAAUGGAAAGCAAAAGCAAAAAUACAAGUAAUAAAAAGACAACAAGUCCAAAUAAAUAUGAUAAAAACAAAAAAGAUAUCAAAAAGAGAAUAGAAGUAAAAAAAGAAAUGUUGGCUUCAACUUUAAGUCCAAAUACUACAAAUAAUUCUAAAUAAAUUAGUACAAACGAUGGAAGCAAUAAAGAAAAUAUGGAGUAGAUUUUAUAGUCUUAAGAGCUAAUUUAAUAGCAAUAGCAAUAAUAGCAAUAGUAGUUAGAUUAAAAUAAUAUUUAGAAAUAAACCAAAAAAGUGAAUAGAAAGAGUGCUUCACAAACCUUUUCACCAACUUAAAUUAAACAUAUACAAAAGUUACUAAAUAACAAAGAAUCUAAAAAAAAGAAAAAAAAUUAGCUCUUUUUAUAUAGCAACUUAAGCUCGCCUAAGCAUAUUGCUAAAUUAGAGAUUUCUGGGACACUUUCUUCAAAGGGAUAACAUUUAAUAUAAGAGAUAGCAACCCCAAAUGGAAACAUUAAUAAAAACAAUUUAGAAAGUCAAACAAUUUAAUAAGAUUUUCAAAAUGGUAAAAAUAAAAUUAGCAAUAGCUUAACUAAUGAAAUAUAACAGUAAAAUAAAUAUUUACAAGCAGUUUAUUAAAAUUAAAAUUAUAUAAGCUCAAAUAAUAAUUAAAAUCAUGAAUAAAAACUAUCACAACAAUCUUCAGCAUCAGACUUGGUUAUGUAAACUAAUACUAAGACAAAGAAUAAAAAGACAGUUUCAAAUGGGAACGGCUUUAUUAAUUAAAAUUCAUAAAUAAGCUAAAAUAGAUAAGUAUCUGUAAAUAAAAAAAUAUCAUAAAAUUCAAGUCAUAAUUCUUUACAUAUAGCUCAUAAAAAGUAAAAUUCUAUAUCUAAUAUUUCAAAAAAUCAUAAUGAAGGAAAUAUAAACAACUCUCCUCUUCAUAAAACUCAUAGACAAACUGCAAGCCUUUAAAUAAACUCUUCUUAGCCACAAAUUUAAGUAUAUAAUCAAGACUUAAAAAGAUAGAAAUCAGAAGAGUUUUUAUUAUUUAUCAAUGAAAAUGCUACUAAAAUAUAAAAAGAAAUUGAAGAUAAAAAAAAGAAGGAAGAAGAAGAAAGAUAAAAAAAAUUGGUUGAAAAAGCUUUGCUGAAAUAAAAAAAUGAAACAAUUAGACAAAAAAACUUAAUAAGAUAUACUUUAAAACAAGCAUCGCUAAAAAAUAAGCAAUAAAAUUAGUAGCAUCUAUUAACUAACAGAAAUUAAAAUGAUGCUUCAAAGAAGAUUAAUCUUCUUUUUAAAAAUGUUUAAGCUAAGCAAAAUUAAUUAUUAAAUCAAACAUAAUCUAGAAGUAUGCUAAAAUCACCAAAAAAUCAAAAAAAAAUAGAUCCUAAACAAAGACGUAUUAAUUUGGGAUUAGAAUGCUUAAACUAAUUAAAUGAAUCAGCAAUUCAAAGUUUAAUUCACAAUUAAAAGUUGAGAGCCACCUAAUCAGUUCAUCUAAAAGACGAAAGUAAAAGAGCUUUUUCUCCAGAAGAAAAGAAACAAAUCUAAGAGUUUAUGUUUAUAAAAAAGAAAUAAAUAGAUUAAGAUAUAGAGAAUAAAAAAAAAGAUAAAUUAAUGAAGCAGCAAAAACUUAGAUUGAAUCUAGAAAUCUUGAAAAAUGAAAUUAAGGAAUAGAUAAGCUCUUGUAAAUCUUCCAAAGGAGGCUUUAAUUAAAAUUCAAACAAUUUGUCCAACGGUCAAUAAAAUUCAUCUUCUAAGAAAGCUAAAAGUUCUUCAACUAGACAUUUUAAGAGUUUAACAUUUUCAGCUCCUUAGUUUGAUAAUCUAGGGCAUUAAAAUUCUUUGUAUAUUUCACAAAUAGAUACUAAUAAAGCAGAUUAGUUUUAUAAUAAUACUAAUAGCAGCAGCAAUCUUAACUAGCAAGAUGAUUAGGUUUUUGACUAUUUGUAUGAAGAGUAUAAAAAAAAUUUUAAUUGGAGAGAUUAAUUAGAAUAAAAUUUACAUUACUAAUCUUUACAAAACUUUCAUUAAAGCUGCUCAUAAUUUUCAAAUCAGAAGGAUGAAAGCAUCAUUAAUAAUUAAAACAAGCAACUAACUUCUUCGAGCAAUCAAAAAAGCUUAUCAAAUAGAAAAAAAAGUAAUAGAAGUUAAUCUUAAAAGAUGGAAUAUAAUUAUUAAAAGUAGGUUUCUGACCAAUACUAUAAUAACUAGAACUAGUUUAGCCAAAAUAAAUUAAACGAUUUUGUAAAUACUUUAAAACCUUAAAGACUGUAAUUCCAAAUUGAUGAAGAUAAAAUUAUUCAAAACGAUAAUUAAAAUUUAGUUAUUAGCUAGUAAUUAGGUCAUAAUUCUAAUUAAGAUUAUCUAUACAACUCAUAGUAAUAAGAUUUGUACUAGUCGUUCAAUGCUUAGUAAAAUCAAGAAUUUUAAUAGAGAAAAAAUUAAAUUUAUGUAUAAUACACGAAACUGUCUCAAAGAAUAUAAAAAUAGAUUUUUAAAAAUUUGAAAGAAUAGAAGCAGAUUAACUAAUAUUAAUAGAUAAAUCAGAAAAGAGAUAUGUAAUUAUAGUCAUACUAAAACUAGAUUGACACAUAGGCAUAAAUUUAUAAAUAAUAUUCAAACAGAGAUAAAAUAUAAGAAAUUGAAGAAGAAUUAUACGAAUAAAAUGAUGAUUAUGAUGAAGUUAGCCCUCACUAAAAUGCAUAUGACAUACCUAAUUAAUAUUUCCAUGAAAAUGAAAAAUCUGAAGAUUAAAAAAAGCUCCUAAAUGAAUCUUUUGAGAAAGAUUAAAAUACCAACAAAAACUAUUCUUUAUCAAUUUAAAAUUAAUAGAGCUCAAACUAAAAUAGCUCAAAUGCUAAUUAAAAAUAUUUGUAGCAAGAUGAGUCAGCAAAAUUGGAUUAUUCUAAUAAUAUGAAUAAAUAUGAUUUAUAUAAACUCACAGAACUGAGUAGCAUUAAAAAUAGCAGUGUUGCUGAAGUCGUACAAAAGAAAAGCGAAAAUAACUUAGGAAACAAUUAACAGCAAUAGCAAAAUUAAACAAAUAUGUUGUUGGCAUAAAACUAAGCAAAUUAACAAUUUAUUUAAAACUAAAAGGAUGCUUAAGAUGAAGAACAUAUAAGUGACUAAAAAAAUAACUAGGUUAGACAAAAGAGUAAAAGCGAGUAAUUAACUUCAAACUAAAAUUAUGACAGCCCUUCUAAGGGAACUAAUUUAGUUGAUGAGAUUCCGACUAUUUAGUCUGAUGCAUCUUCAGAGUUCUAAGCUCAAUACGAAAAUCAGUAUCAACAGCAAGAAGAAGGAUAUAGUAAUUCUUAUGGAAUGAAUGAGGAAGAGCUAGAAGAGUAUAUGUAUUAUAACAUAGCAGCAAUAUAUAUUUAGAAAGUUUGGAGAGGAUUUUACACAAGGAAGUUGCUAAGAGAUUUCUUUUUAGAAUUAGAAGAAAUGUAUGAGAACCAAGAAAAUGAUCAAUAUCAAAAAAGCGUACUCACUGAUUAGUCCUAACAUUAAAAAGCUAAUUAAGCAAAUAAGAAUUCUUAGGAUGAUUUAAUUAAAAAUAUACAAAGUUCUAAUAAUGGAAGUAAUAUCGAUAAUAGGGAUGAUACCUAGAUUUAACAAAUUAUUGAAAAAACAAAUAAAACAAGUCAAGCUGAUGAAAAUAAAAUAUAAGGAGCCGAUUAAUAGAUUAAAUAAGGAUAUGAUUUUAACUCAGCUAAAAUUGUUGAAACAAUGGGCAGCAGUGAUGAUAAUAUUUAACCUAUUUUAAUUGAUUUGAAUAGGAAAAAAGAUUCAAAAGAAUAAAAUUUUCCAUUAAAAAACACAACUUUAUAACAAAAAAUGAAUUCGAGCCCAUAAAAAAAUUAAGAAGGUAUCAGAGAUGAAAAUUAAUUUAAAAACAAUAGUGGAGGUAAAAGUAAUUAAAAUACAGAUAGUUAAUUACAGAAUUAAAAUAAGAGUAGUUAUCAUAAAAAUGAUUUAGAAAACUUAAUAUCGUAAAUAGAUCUUAAUUAAAAAGACUAAAAGCUUAAAAAUGAGACAUUAUAAAUGUAAGAAAUCAAUGAAUUUUCGAAGAGUUUACUUACCUUGAAGGACUUUGAAAAAAGUACUGAAAACAAAUAUCCUUCAAAAACAUAAUUUGAAAAUGGCAUGAAACUUUCUGAUGAAAAUUAAAUAACAGAUUCUUAGUACUAUGACACUCCUUUGAAUUAAUAAUUAAUAUAAGAUUUAGAUGCCUAAAAAAGAAAUGACAAUUUUAGCUUGAAUCAAAAUAUAAAUUUAAUUAAAGAUAAAUACUCUGAAACCUACCAGAAAAUCAAGGAAGACCAAAUUAAUAAAUGGAGCGAACUCAUAAGUGACUUAUAAAAACUAUAGAAUUAACCAAAUAGCUAGAUAGACUCAGAGCAAAUAAAAAAACUAUGUUAAAAAUAUGAGAAUAACAAAAAUUAGCUUAUUGAUUAAUAUUAAUAGAUGAUAAAAAGCUAAGAAAACAAGGCGAUUUAGGAGAAUAGUCCAAUUUUAAAAAGUGAAAAAGAGAUAAAAGAUAAUAUUAGCAGAUAGUUAUAAGAUAAAAAAGAAAUAAACAAAAACAAGUAAAAUGAAAUAUUUGAAUCGUCACCUGUUUAAAAAUAAAAAUCACUGAGUAAAAAUAAUUAAGGAGUGUUAAAGAGAAUUGAUAAAAAUAAUUAGUUAUCUAAUAUGCAGGAUGUUUUAGGUUCAGAAUAACUUAUGAGAGAUUAAUCAGCUAUUGCUGCAGCUUUGUCAUAAUCCAAUCUUUCUGAUUAAUAUGAUUUAUCAACAAAGAAUUAAUACUCAAAUAAAAUAAAUGGCUUAAGUUAGAGUGUAGAUUUUAAUGAAAAUCGCAAUAAUAAAAUAAAUAAAAAAAAGUAAUAAAUCCCAAACUACUCUGAUUAUAUUUUUGAAAAAUUACCUUAAAGAGACUUUGCUUCAGGUAAAUUUAAUCGUUUGAUGCUCAAAAAAGAGUCUAUGGAUGAGUUGGUAAAAAUGAGGGAAGAAAUAAUUUCUUAUCAAAAGGAAGCAAAACUUUAAAUUAUAAACUAAAUGUUUGAGUAGAAGAAAAUUCCACUUUAAGUGUAUCAAACUAAACUAAAAGAAUGUGAGUAAUGGGCUCUUAAAGAACUUGAAAAGUUACAAAAAAAUCAUCAUGAAAUCGAAAGGGGAUGGAGGAAAUUUGCUGAGACAAUUAAGUAAACAAAGAGAGGGAUAGAGUUUAUGAAAUAGAUUAAAAAAAUUGAUUAUAACAAAAUACUUGCUAAUUCUUAAGAUGAGAUUAAAUUCAGUAGACUUUUAUCCUUUAGGUCUGACAGUGAAGCUAGUGAAGGUGAUGUAUUCAGUGAAAGAAAAGAGUACAAUUCUUAAAUACUCAAUAUUAAUAAUUUAAAAAAUUUAUCUGGAAUCAGUUAAGGUAACGGGGCUGGCUUAAACAAUUGUAUUAGUCCAAGCAAUAUAAAAAUAGUUGAUUAAUACUAAUUAAAUGAGAGACCGAAAAAAUAUAUUAACUAAUAGAAUCAAGGAUUGAGUUUAUUACAAAAUGGCUCAAUAAAAGGAACUAAUAGUAUCAAUAAUUAUGUUCUAAGUAAAAGUUGUACUAGUUGGGAUGGCAAUAUUUUAAAUACAAAUAAUAGUGAAGAAGUUGAGUUUGACGACAUAAACGAUUAUUUAAAAAAAAUAAAAAAUAACUUUGCUAGAAGUUUAUCUAAAUAACAAUUAUAUGGAUUUUAAGUUCAAUAGAACCAAAAUAACUAAUUGUAGCCCUAGAAUUCUUUGCCUGACGAAUCUUCUUCAAUAUCUCCAUAAUAAUCAAGAUCAAACACACCUAUUAUAAAAAAUGGUGAUGAAAGCAAUAAUAUGAACAACAACAUCAAUUAAACAAAAAAAGAUGAUAAAGAAAUUAAUGACUAAAACAAAAUUAAUAAUUUUGAAAUAUCUCCUAAUCCCAAACAAAAAUUAUUAACGUAAAUGACUAUAACAUAGCAGAGUGAAAAUGAUUUGAAAAAAAUUGGGUUAAUGUCAUUAGAAAGUGCUAGCUCUUCUGUAUAGUCUUAAAGUUCUGAAGCCUAGUUCAGCCAGCAUUUAUUUGAAUAUGAAAAUGCUAAAAAACUACAACAAUAAGAGAAAAAUAAUGGAAAUAUUGAAGAUUAAGAUGGCUAAGAAAAUAAACAACAACAAUAAAAUAACAUAUAAAAAUAAAUAUCUGACUAGCCAAAUAAAGAGCUUAUGUCAAUUGAAUAAAAGGCGAACAUAGUGAGUGACAAAAUUAUAGAAAAUCUGAUUGAUGAAGUUAAUAAUGAAAUUUAUGAGAUAAAACAGAAAGAAAGCACAAAAUAAUAAGCUCAUUAUACAGAAAAUAAUGUUUAUCCUAAUAUAAACGAAGUUAUGCCCACUAAUAUUGAAUAUAAAAAUCAGUUUGAUGAAAAGGUGAUACCUAUUGAAAGCUGUGCUAAUCUUAACAGUAUUAAAGAUUUCUUGGUUGCAUUGGCAGAAUUUAUCAAAGAAAACUUUAGAGAAGAAUUUUUAGGAAGAAUUAAUUUACCUCUUGGUAUUGAUCCCCUUGAAUUUUUAAAGACAUUUAACAUUACCGAGAAUACAGAACCUCAAGACACAGAAACAUCAAAUGCUCCAAUAUAUCCGUUAGUUAAAUAUAUUCAUGUGUAAAAGCCUGUUGUUAGUGAAGAAAUAUUCUUAACUUUUAAUGAAUUAUACCAAAGAAUGAUCAGAAAAUAAAAGAAAUUGGAAAAUAGAGAACUCUAUUUUGAUGGGUAAGAGGAAAAAUUUGCAGAUGAUGACGAUGAAGAUGAAGAUAUUGAUAUUUUUAAUUCAUAGAGUGACAUUGAAAAAUAUAACUUAAAGCUAAUUUUUGACUGUUUUAAUGAGGCUCUUGAUUUUUUGAGACCAUUCAGUUUAGGAGGAAAGCCUUUACCUUGGAAAUUAAACUAAAAAAAACUAGCAAAUUUGAAGGUUAAAGAUCAGGAUAUAGAAAGAGUUCUUGGUAUGGCUAUAGGAAGAACUUUGAAGUGGGGUUCAUGUCUGUGUGGGUUUAUUCCUGAAAAAAUUGAAUUCCCCCCUGGUUAAGAUGAAGAAAAUAACGAAUACUUAAAUUAAAUCAAAGAAGACAGAUUAGCUUAGAUGCUUGAAAAUGAGGUUUUAGAAAACGAGCAUAAAUGGCUUAUUUAUGAAGAAGAAGAAACAGAUGUUUAGCUAGAGAUAGCGGACGAUAUAUUCCACAGUCUGAUGAGCGAAACAGCACAGUGGCUAUAUUUAAAAAUGUAAGGAAAACUUGAAUUAAUGGAUGCCCUCUAGAUUAAUGUUGGUAGAGACUAGAAAAUGAAUUUCGAUGAAAUGAUAGAAGAUGAGGAAGACUAAAAGUAACUUUUAGAUUAUUAAGCAAUUUAAGAUGGUUAAAAAAAUAAUACACAAAGUGGCCUGAUGAGCAAAUUAGGUGCAGCUAAUAUUCUAACUCAAAAAAGAUUUAAAAAUUCUAAUGAAGCAAAUAUUCAUGCUAAUAUAGAAGAAUUAUAUGCAUAAAGUUAAAAUCAAUAUCUAGAUGAUGACAAUUUAAUUGUAAAUUUGGAUGAUCCUUCUAACUAUCAUAAGAGAAAAAGAAAGGCUAUAAAUUAAAACAAUACUAGUGAAGACUAAGAAUACAACGAGCUAGAUGAUUCAGAUAAUUACGAAAAUGAAUACUACUCAAAUAAGAAAACAGCAAAGGCCAAGGAGGAAAUAAGCUAAAAAAGGAGAUAAGGAAAGUAAGAAGAAAUACAAAGUAAAUAAAAUGAAAAAUUAAUAUUUUAGCAUAGAUAAUUGAGCUACAGCCCAUCAAAUUAAUAUAACUAAUUUUAAUAAUCUCCUGUAGAAUUCGGAGAUAUUUAACAAAAAUAUAAUUAACUUAUCGGCUCUACGAAUUCUAAAGCAUCUUCCCUAAAUUCAAGCUUUUGA